AUGGAUCCUGAUGGCGGCGGCGAGAAAGAGUGUGGCGAGAAGCCCAACCGGCGUGCAGCGAGAGUCGACGCCGGGAAGCGGGCGGCUGCCGUAACUCCGGGGUCGCCGAGGGAGGGCGCGGCGGGGUCGCCGUGCGGGGCUUGCAAGUUCCUGCGGCGCAAGUGCCUGCCGGGAUGCGUGUUCGCGGCGCACUUCGCGUCGGAGCAAGGGCCGGCGAGGUUUGCGGCGGUCCACAAGGUGUUCGGUGCCAGCAACGUUUCGAAGCUGUUGUCGAUUGUGCCCGCGGGGCGGCAGCACGACGCCGUGGUGACCAUCUGCUACGAGGCGCAGGCCAGGCUCGCUGACCCCGUCUACGGCUGCGUCUCCACCAUUCUCGCAAUGCAGCAACAGGUGUCGGCGCUGCAGGCGGAGCUGUCGAUGGUGCACUCGCAGCUGCUGAACACCCGGUUGGCCGUCGCGAGCGUCCUUCGGGCGUCGCAUCGAGCGCAGCACAUGGCGGCGCUGCAACCGGCCUACUCCAACAACUCGUCGGCGUCAAGGGACAUGGUAGACGUGGGAAGCUUCCCGGAGAGCUUGGACCUGGGAGACACCGACCCAGCCUCGAGAGAUCUGGAGCCUCUGCAGCUCUUGCAGCAGUCGCAGGAUGAGGAAGAAGACGCAAGCCACGAUUCUGUUGCCUUCCGCAACGAGCCUUUUGUUCCCAAAUAA